GGGACGGUAAAUGAAGCCUUCGCCACAGAGGAGAUGUCCAACUUAGUCAACUACAUUCAGCCUGUUAAAUUCAACUCCUUCGAGGCGUGCAAAAAAAUCGAUCGAAGUUAUGAAAUGUCAUCGUUUGUGGAGACCAAAGCGCUGGAGCUGCUCAAAGAAUCGCCGGUGGAGUUCGUCGAGUAUAAUAAACUGCAGCUGAGCAGAAUUUAUCCCAAAGGAACUCGAGUGGACUCGUCAAACUACAUGCCUCAGGUCUUCUGGAACGCCGGAUGUCAGCUGGUCGCUCUGAACUUCCAGACCAUAGAUCUGCCCAUGCAGCUGAAUCUGGGCAUCUUUGAGUACAACGGGAAAUGCGGCUACAGACUGAAGCCAGAGUUCAUGCGACGGACGGACAAACAGUUUGACCCGUUCACUCAGAAUACAGUCGACGGGAUCGUAGCGCACACGCUGUCU